AUGGUCGCCAAAAACCACCUCCCCGUCGAUCUAAGCCAAUUCAAGAAGCUCAAGCUCGACCCGAAGAAUCCGAAGCUCUCCGACCAACAGAAGCAGGAUCUUCUACACAACAUCAAUGUGUUCCGAGACGCUAUCGUCGCCUUCACAGCCACCGGUUCCGCUCGGGGACUGGCAGGCCACACCGGAGGCCCCUUCGACACCGCCCCCGAGGUAUGCAUUCUGUUGGCAUUCAUCAACGCCAACCCGAAUGGCUUCGUAGAUGCCAUCUUCGACGAGGCCGGCCACAGAGUCGCCACGCAGUAUCUCCUGGCCGCGUUGGAUGGCAAGAUCGACCCCGAUCACCUGCUGAACUAUCGUGAUGCGAACUCGAAGCUGCCGGGUCACCCGGAGCUGGGACUCACGCCCGGCGUGAAGUUCAGCUCGGGCCGUCUGGGACACAUGUGGGCAAUGGUCAAUGGAAUCUCCAUGGCCAACCGGGAUAAGACUGUGCUCCUACUGGGCUCGGACGGGUCCCAGCAAGAAGGAAAUGACGCCGAAGCAGCCCGGAUCGCUGUUGCCAACAACCUCAAUGUGAAGCUGUUUAUCGACAACAAUGAUGUCACGAUUGCGGGUCAUCCGUCGCAAUACCUGCCGGGGUACACUCUUGAGCGCACCCUCCAAGGCCAUGGGCUCAAGGUCAUCCACGCACAGGGAGAGGACAUCGAUUCGCUGUAUGCCGCCAUGUGCGAGACCAUCAACGCUUCAGGACCAGCCGCCGUCAUCGUCAACCGGAAGAUGGCCCCCGGAAUUGAGGGCAUUGAAGGAACGACGAAGGCUCACGAUGUCAUCCCUGUCGACGCCGCCCGUAAGUACCUGACCAAGCGAGGCUACACCCAAGAACAGCUCGCCUUCUACGAUGACAUCAAGUCCCUGCCAAACCCGCACCAGUACUGGGGAUCCACCAAGGACAAGGGAUCCAACCGUGUGAUUUUUGGCGAGGCCGUCAACUCUGUUCUGGAUGAGCUCAGCAAGGAGGAGGCUGCGCGUCGGGUCAUGGUCAUUGAUUCGGAUCUCGAAGGCUCUACGGGACUGAAGGGUAUCCACAGCAGUCACCCCGAGGUGUUUGUCGCGUCGGGUGUCAUGGAACGCGGAAACUUCUCCGCCGCCGCCGGCUUCGGCUUUGGCAGCAAUGGGGAGCGCCAGGGAGUCUUCUCCACGUUCGCCGCCUUCUUGGAGAUGUGCAUUUCGGAAAUCACCAUGGCGCGGUUGAACGGCUGCAGCGUCCUGUCUCAUUUCUCCCACAGUGGUGUGGACGAGAUUGCCGACAACACAUGCCAUUUUGGCCUGAACAACUUCUUUGCCGAUAACGGAUUGAUGGACGCUGAGAGCACCGGCUUGUACUUCCCCGCCGACGGAGAACAGAUGAAAGCCGUCGUGCGAAAGGUGUUCUGGCAGAAGGGCCUCCGGUUCAUCUUCUCCACUCGCUCCAAGACGCCAUACAUUCUGAAUGAGUCUGGCGAUGAGAAACUCUACGGCGGAAACUACGAGUUCGUACCCGGCAAGGAAGAGUUCAUUCGCCGCGGCUCGGCCGGAUAUGUCAUCUCGUACGGAGAUAUGCUGUAUCGCUCUCUCGAUGCCGUUGAGCGCUUGCGGAAGGAAGGCUUGGACGUUGGUCUCGUCAACAAGCCGACGCUCAAUGUGGUCGAUGAGGAGGCCAUCAAGGUCUACGGCUCGUCUCCUUUUGUCGUGGUGGUUGAGUCGUUGGCCCAGAAGACCAGCCUUGGCUCUCGGCUUGGUAGCCAUCUCCUUGACCGCAAUCUCACUCCCAAGUACCGAAUGAUGGGGGCCGUGAAAGAAGGCUGUGGUGGACUCUAUGAACAAGUAAAUGCUCAAGGACUCGGACCAGAUGAUAUUAUCCGCGUCGUGAAGGAUGUUGCCCAGAAGGAUUCAUGA